AUAUGUGAAGCAGAACAAAGCAAAAAAUCUAAUCUAGAGAUAGAAAGAAAGAGAAAGAGAGAGAGAGAAUUGAGCUGCAAUGGCGGAUUCUCAUUCUCUCAACAACCAGCUCUCCACUCGCACUUCCAUCUUCGGUUUGCGUUUAUGGAUCGUUCUCGGCGUUUGCGUCGGAGCCGCAAUCGUUAUUCUCCUCUUCCUCAUCUCUCUCUGGUUCAUAUACAGACGAAGCAACAACAACAACAACAACAAAGCGACUGAUUCUUCCUCUAAGUCGAACCACACGAUCGUCCCCGUAGUCUCCAAGGAGAUUCGGGUCGACCCAGUUCAACCCAACCCGACGCCGACGCCGGAGACGACCCACCGGGAAGACGACACCAAAAUCCACAUCGACAUCGGAAAAGAUCACCGGAUUUCGUUCCCGGAGCGCGGCGGUUGGACCGGCGGUUCCGGGUCCGGGUCAAGGUCCGGGUCGGGUGAUCAGGGUGGUUCGGCUGCGUGUUCGGGUCCUGAGGUUUCUCAUUUAGGUUGGGGCCAUUGGUACACGCUGAGAGAGCUCGAGGUUUCCACGGAUGGAUUCUCCGACCAGAACGUGAUCGGACAAGGAGGGUACGGGAUUGUCUACAGAGGUGUUCUCGAGGAUAAAUCUAUUGUCGCUAUAAAGAAUCUGCUCAACAACAGAGGACAAGCUGAGAAAGAGUUUAAAGUGGAAGUGGAAGCGAUAGGUAGAGUGAGGCACAAGAAUCUGGUGAGGCUGCUUGGUUACUGCGUCGAAGGAGAGCAUAGGAUGUUGGUUUACGAGUACGUCGAUAAUGGGAACUUAGAGCAAUGGCUUCACGGAGAUGGGUUGGGUUCGAAGAGUCCUCUUACUUGGGAGAUUAGAAUGAACAUUGUUCUCGGGACAGCUAAAGGGUUGAUGUAUUUACACGAAGGUCUUGAGCCUAAAGUUGUUCAUAGAGAUAUCAAGUCUAGUAAUAUCUUGCUCGACAAGCAAUGGAACGCGAAAGUUUCGGAUUUUGGGCUGGCGAAGCUCUUGGGCUCGGAGAUGAGCUAUGUGACUACUCGUGUGAUGGGUACUUUUGGGUAUGUGGCUCCCGAGUACGCGAGUACGGGGAUGUUGAAUGAGAGGAGCGAUGUUUAUAGCUUCGGUGUUCUUGUGAUGGAGAUGAUAUCAGGGAGGAACCCUGUGGAUUACAGCAGGCCGGUUGGAGAGGUGAAUCUUGUGGAGUGGUUGAAGAGAAUGGUGUCGAAUCGAGAAGCGGAAGGCGUUUUGGAUCCGAGGUUGGCGGAGAAACCGUCUCUGAGGUCGUUGAAGCGUACCCUUUUGGUGGCUUUGAGAUGUGUUGAUCCUAAUGCUCAAAAGAGACCAAAGAUGGGUCAUGUCAUUCACAUGCUUGAAGCUGAGGACUUAGUGUCGAGAGAUGAUCGGAGAAACUCCGGCGGCGGAGGAGGAGGAGAUCCGAGAAGGUCACCGAGGAAGAUGAAUGUGACUGAAUCAGAGGAUGACAGUGUUAAUUCCAUUCUGAUCAAGAAUGACCAGUUAGCUUCGGAGAAGGAGGAAAGUCAGUAAAAGAGUGGAAGCUUUGGCAUUAUAAUUUUUGGUACACUAUUUUUAGAAGUUUUCUUGUGUGUAUGUGUAGUCAUGUAUCUUGCAAUAAUAAAAAUGUGGUUUAGAUUAAAAGAAAAGAAGAUGUUUUAUAUUUAUUCUUCACAUUAGGUGAGGAUUCUGUUGUAAUAUAGUCUAAAUGGUGAUUUGUGCUAUAGAUGUGGUACAGUUUUAUUUA